ACUGGGGUCACCGUGACGUCAGCUGACCUCCCAGUCCACGGGAGACAACUCACGCAACCUUGAAUCUCCGCUCACUGCUUCAACGAUCUGCGUAAACAUCUACUGUUGUUUUCGGAAGGAGUCAGGUCAAUAAAAUGAGUGUUUUAGUAGGUGGAGGAUCUGGUUUCAUUGGACGACAUCUGACCAAGGUCCUGAAAGAUAAAGGCAUGACAGUCACCAUGGUAUCUCGAGAAGCUGGGCCUUCACGAAUCACCUGGUCAGAUAUCCAGCGCAAUGGGCUGCCACAUGAGUGUACUGCUGUUGUCAGCAUGUCAGGGGAGAACAUCUUGAACCCCAUGAAAAAAUGGGAUGACAACUUUAAGGCUGCAGUGUGGUCCAGCCGAGUAGAUUGCACCAGAACACUGGCUAAUGCGAUCAUCUCUGCAAAGAACCCACCACGUGUCUUUAUCUCCUUUUCUGGUGUUGGAUUCUACAAGCCAGACCCUGUGAAGGAAUAUGAUGAAGAGAGUCCUGGUGGGAAUUUCGAUUUCCUUUCAAGACUUUGCACAGAGUGGGAAGCUGCUGCUAAACUGCCUAAAGAUAUUGGUGUUAGACAAGUCAUUCUCAGAUGUGGGGUUGUGUUGGGACGAGAUGGAGGCAUGAUUAAACAGAUAUACUGGCCAUUUUUCUUUGGUGCUGGGGGGCGCAUCGGUGCAGGAACCCAGUGGUUUCCCUGGAUACAUGUUGCAGAUGUUGCUGGAAUUGUAACACAUGCCAUUGAAAAUGAUAAGGUUUCUGGUAUUUUGAAUGCUGUUGCUCCUCACCCAGCCACAAAUGCAGAAUUCACUAAAACAUUUGCAUCAGCAUUGAGGCGGCUGGCAGUUUUUCCAAUUCCAGGCUUUGUCAUGAACUUUGCCUAUGGUCCCGAAAGAGGAAAGGUGGUGUUGGAAGGACAAAAGGUCAUUCCUAAACGUACUUUACAGUCUGGAUACAAGUUUGUUUUUCCUGACUUAACUUCAGCAUGCAGAGACUUGACAUAGACAUUAAUCAUGAACAGCACCUGUGGAAAAUAUGCUUUUUCUUUUUUAUGUGAAAGAAAAAUUUCUUGUGUGUUAAAACCCCUUCCAUUUGUUACCACUUCGUAAGUACAACAAUUUUUUAGCCUAGGAUGCUUGUGAGUCUCUCAAAGUCAUCAGAGUCACUCAAUCCAUCUCAUCAAUGAAUUUAAAUCCAGAACUAGCAAAAUAUAAUUUUUAAUGUUUCAUAGAAAAUUUUAAGACUUUUUUGUUGCCAUGUUGGCUGCAUUUUAGGCAUUGCCCAUGUGUUGGUUCUGAAAUGUGUUAUUGAAAAGAGUCACUUGACCAGCGUCAUCACUGGUUGUUCAGCAGAAGCAAAGAGAGGUGAAUGUUUUUUCUUUUAACCUGCAAGUAAUGCAUCAGUAUCUGUAAAUAUGUUACCAGACCAGAGAAUGUCUUCAUUAGAUCUGAUGAAUCUGCAGUAUAAUUUCUGGAACAUAAAAAUUUUAAGAUAUUGUGAA